AUGGGAAGAAAAAUCUUGUUUUGCUUUUCACUGGCUUCCUUAUGCAUGGGGCUCUCGCUGACUCUGGAGCAGCUGCUGGCCAGGAAGAAUGCGGGUUCUCGAACAUCUCCCAGUAAAGAAGCGGUUAUAAGGAAUGGUCAACAGGCUAAUGGGAGUGUGACAGCCGUCCAGAAUUCUGUAAUACCCGUCACCCAGGCUCCGAACGACACUCUGAGCAGAGAAGGACGUUUCGGGGGAGAACACUGGAAUGUGGCCAGAAGCUUGGGGCCCAGAAGCCCAGUUAACGUCUCCGUCGAUGGAAUUCCCUGCAUUCUGUUCUGGGCCAGAAGAAUCACGCUGAAGUUUAAGAACCAGACCUGGCUGGAGUUUGCCAGUGACGCCUUUGGCCAGAGGGUGACAGUGGACACCAGUAACUCUAACUGCAGCGAGCAAAGUGCCACGUUGUCUCUGAAGCUGGGUGAUGCUGAAAGUCUCGCCGGCCUUGCCAUCAGAUUCGUCCUUACCAGUGACAACAAAGUGCCCGUCCAGAGUUGGUUUAGUUUGUACCAAGUCCAGAUUAUUUUCAACAAUUCAGUCUGUGCAACCUUCAAUGCAACUGGCGUAUACGCCCCUAGGAGCUACUCGUACCACUGCCACCUGGUCAGCAGCCUGCAGGGGGCAGAUGCGCUGCUGCUGCCCAGAGACCCCGGGCACCUGCCCAGCCUGUGGGAGGUUGCAUUCACUGAUUUCCAGAUCCAGGCCUUCGGCAUCCAGGGUGCGCAGUUUGCCAAGGCCCGAGACUGCGCCCCUUCCUUCUCGCCCGCCGUUCUCAUGGGCCUGGCCACGUCCCUGAUCCUGCUGCUCGUGCUGGCCUACGCCCUGCACAUGCUGGCCUACCUGCGUGCUCUGGACCGGCACUACGAGUGCCUCGCCUCCCCCGCCCGCUUCCCAGUGCCCAACGCUUGCGAAGCCUCGGAAGAGAAGGAGCUGCUCCAGGGCCAGGACGCCGAGUGCUAUGAACUGAGGAGCCGCGAUGUCUAUGAUUAGCAGCCCAGACCCUCGCCCCCACCUCGCCCACAGGGGCGUGCAGGAACGCUCCCCGUCUGGGCCGGCUUGUGAUUAGCUUGGUGAAUGGAAAGGAGGUACGGACGGGUUGUUUUGGGAGCGUCCACUGGCUGACCUAGAGCGCCCUGGGGUUCGAGAUGUCCCGACUGCUGCUCGGACACCCCUUGAAAGCAAAGGGGCGCUGUGAAGUCGGGAACUGAGAGAGAAAUGAAGAUGAGCAUGAGGGAGGCGUGCUUGUUCACUUGGUCUGGCCCCCGUUGCUGGGGCAGGCUGGAUGGGAUUGGCGUAGGGAUGACCCAUCCACGAUUCACUGUGUCCUGGAGCUCAGAAUGGCUGUCUCCUCUCUAGUUCAGUGGUGGUGUGACGGUUUAGCUCAUUGCUGGGUUAAGUCAGAGCAGUGUGCCUGCUCCAUGAACACAGUUCUAGACAAGUCUCUCAAUCCCCUCCAGUGAGCUUGUGGUCCCUAAACCACUCCCCACCCUUAGUGGCGCUCUCACCAAGGAUCCUGGCGGCAUCUUUCCCCUUUUAACCUCCGCUCUUCUCCCCGUCCCUUUCAGUUCCUGGUAGGUAGCCACAGAUCGCUUCCCCUUCUGUCCUCACUGAAGCUUCUUGCUCUAACAAGAUCCCAAAUGUAGGUGCACAGCGCACUUGACUAGGCAGGGUGUGAAAUGUGACUCCCGUGUUCUUAGGAAAAGAACCCAGUUUACAGGGAAGAUGUACUGCCCGAGCCUUGGGAUGCAGGUGGGGACAGGGCAGGUGCUCGGCGAGGUUGCGUACUUGUCUGAGAGCUGAAGAGCUACCUCGCACUGAGAAAUUGUUUUCCUGGGUGUCCGUUGCGAUGGGUGUGACAUCCGGUCCUGGUGUGAGCAGCGCGGAGGCUGACAAGGACACUGAUGUUUCUGGUAGGUGCCACACCCUUGUCUGUUUCCUCUGGCUCCGUAAUUCUGGGGUGAGGAUGUAGGUUUGUUUCUAGCCCUCUCGCUACUCUGUAGGAGCUCAGUAUGUUCUAAUAAAUUCCUUCUGCUUUGAU